AUGGAGCUACACAUCCUUUCGCCUGUAUCCACAGCUCAAUUGGAGCGAUCCAAUGAUCGCAUGCAUAUCGACGAGGAUAUAGCGCAUCUCGUUAACCCCGGUGAAACAAUCACCACCGAUCAACAGUUCAUGCGUGGUCACGGUACCUAUACCGAUGGUGAAAAUACCGUCAUUUCUUCCGUGGCUGGUAUGGUGGAACGAGUCAACAAACUACUUUCGGUUCGACCGCUGAAGACUCGAUAUACACCCGAGAUUGGUGAUAUUGUCGUCGGCCGAAUUACCGAGACUGCCAUGAGACGUUGGAAGAUCGAUGUCAACGGAAGACAGGAUGCCGUAUUAUUGUUGAGUUCAGUUAGUUUACCAGGUGGUGUGCAGCGUCGUAAAAACGAAUCCGAUGAAUUGCGCAUGCGUCAAUUCUUUGCGGAAGGGGAUGUGCUCGUGGCUGAAGUCCAGAGCUUCUAUGCGGAUGGUGCCAUGGGUUUACAUACAAGAGGGUUCAAGUUUUGCAAACUGCGAAAUGGUUCGUUCCUGUGCGUGCCACCUGUGCUCGUCCAGCGCUGUAAAUCGCAGUUCCACACUUUACCGUGCGGUGUCGACCUCGUACUAGGAUUGAACGGUUAUAUUUGGAUUAACAAAAAGCUGGAAGGCAUUACGCAAGACGAUGCAGAUACGGCCGUCGUGUAUUCCAGUGAGAACGAUCCUAUUUCUGAAUCUGAACGGGAGAACAUUGCCCGUGUGGCCAACUGUAUCUCAGCCUUGGCUAAACAGUAUAUGCAUAUCAAUGAUACCAUCAUCGUCUAUACAUACGAAGCAUCACUGGAAUACAGUGUAAAAGAUUUACUGAAAAUGGACGUCAUUGAAACCAUUACCUCUGAAGCCAGCGCCAGAAUGCGUGUGCCCUCAUAA